AUUCCUGUUAGUCGGUUACAAAAAAAAUUCCUUCAUUAAUUUUUCUCAUUGUCUUUCUCUCUUCACCUUCCAAUAUAAAUACAUCACAACUCAAGAAUCGUUUUCCAUUCAUUUUUCUCAAACUCUUAACUCUCUCACUCAUUCAUAUACAACCAAACUUAUAUUAUCACAUCACAAAAACUAUAUACUAAAUUUUCAUUAUUUAUCUAUUCAAGAUUUUGCAUUUUUUUUGGAAUAUUUAGUUCAUCAAACUAUGGCUGAUGAUGAUCAAUUUCAUCAUACAAGUGGAAACUGGUGGGAAUCAGCAUCAAGAAACAUGAGAUUUGAUCAAAGUGGUGGAACAUCACAACAAUCUUCUUCUUCUGCCAUCACCAACAAUAAUAUUGUUGAUUUUGGUUGGCAAAAUUCAGAUAUGGUUGAGAUUAAACCAAGAUCUUCCUUGGAUAAUUCUUCUGUGGUUUUUCAUGAUACUCGGAAACUCGAACAAAAUCAAGAUUCUUCGAAUUCUACUGACCCCAACUUGCAUAUGAUGGGUUUGGGACUUUCUUCUCAUUCCAUGGAGUGGAAUCAGCCAUCUUUGAUAGGUGAUGAAAAGGGAACAGAAAACAGUUUCAGGUCAAUAUUGGAAGAGAAUUUGAGUUCAACAAGGAACAAUUUCGAGCAAGAAAAUGUGAUGGGAAUGUGUCAACAAGUGAAUAGAAAUUUUUCUUUGGAUCAAAACCAGUUUAGUCCUCAAUAUAGUUCUGGAGACAGCAAUGUUAUUCAAAUGGAUUCUUCAGCUUUAUAUGGAACACCAUCAAUUUUACAAGGCUCAUCUAUGAGUAGUUUUCCAUAUGCAACAAAUAACUAUGGAUUAUUGAACUCGAAUAAUGAGUUGAAUAUGAACAUGCCUUGUAAUAAUUGGUCUAACAAUAAAGUUCCUCAGUUUUUGAUGAGAACUUCACCUCCAAAACAAUCAUCAACAAAUAACCAGUUGCAUUUUACUAAUAACACCCCUUUUUGGAAUGCUUCUGAGGCUCCUAAUUCUAUUAAGGAUGUUAGGUCAAGUUUCUUCCCCUCUUUGCAACCUCAAUUCUCCACACCAAAUUUUGAUUCACACUCAAAGAAUAUAAGUGAAGUGAAUACUGUGGUGAAGAAAAGUGGGAGUGAGCCAGCACCCAAAAGGACUCGUAACGAAACUCCAUCAACUUUGCCAGCUUUUAAGGUCAGAAAAGAAAAGAUGGGAGACAGAAUCACUGCACUCCAACAAUUGGUGUCUCCUUUUGGAAAGACUGAUACAGCCUCAGUGCUUUCUGAAGCCAUUGAAUACAUCAAAUUUCUUCAUGAACAGGUUACACUUUUGAGCACUCCAUAUAUGAAAAGUGGAGCUUCAUCAGAGAUUCAACAGAAUUCGGGUAAAACAAAAAAAUCCGAUGGCGCGAAGCAAGAUCUAAGAAGUCGAGGUCUAUGUUUGGUACCGAUUUCAAGCACAUUUCCAGUGACUCAUGAAACAACAGUUGAUUUUUGGACACCAACAUUUGGAGGAACAUCAAGAUAAUUAAUUAAACCAAUACCCUACAACUAGGGCAUGCAUUUAUCUACCUUAUCAAACCUAGCCAAGUUGGGAAUGAUAAGAUAAAAGAAAGGAGAAGAAACAUGAAAAAAAGACAAAGAAUGCCCACUUAAAAAUCUAAAGUUAGUUAGUUCUUAUGAGGGAAAUGGAAAAAGAGAGUGGGGAAAAGGAAUUUUUUUUAGUUGAAAGAGAAAGAAAAGGAAGUGACUCUUCAAAAGAUAACCAUUGAUGGGCCAACUACAUUUAGAAUUAUUUAGGGUUUGGAAAAUAUUUGGGACCAUUUAGAGUUGUAAUAAUUGAAGUGUUAUGCUUACAAGCAUAAGAUUAAGAUUAGGAAUGGGAAAGUUGAUUAAAAUAGAGAAAGUUUUAAUUUUUUUAGACUUAACAUGAGAUGAGAGAAAUACUUAGAUUAUCUAUCACGACUACAAAGUUAUUGGAUCAAUAUCUGAAUUUAUUCAGAACUUGAUCCAAAAACUUUUCAACCCUUACAUUUGUGUAUCAACUCAUUGUAUUAGUUCUAAAUUUAAAGUUUUCUUGAUUUAAUACUAGUUGUUAUUUUGGUUGUA